AUGUUUUUAUCAAGAACUGAAAGUACAGUAACUAAUCAUUACAAAGCAACUUAUGACAGCAACAAAAGUGACAUUACACUAACAAAGUUGCGCUCAAGCUUGGUUCAAAUGUCUAAGGUAGACUCUAGAGGAAGACUCAGAAAUUGUCGCAUCCAUGAUCUUUUACGUGAGGUUCUUGUCAAAAAAAUGGAGUCGAGUUUUUGCCAUGUUGUGGAUGGAAAUGAGUCCAUUGUAAAAGGAGAAAUAGUAACUCGACGCCUAUCAAUUGUCAACAAUUCAUGCACUACUAUUCUUCAAGAUGCAGAUCAAGUUUCUCAAGUUCGCAUUAUUUUGAAUUUCAACAUUGAUCAGAGUCCAACACUGCUAAACUAUAUUUUUAAUCCAGCUAGAAUGAAAGGAAUAAAACUAAAAGAAGGAUUUGGGAGCUUAAAAACCCUUGAAAAGUUAUAUGAUUUGGAUGUAAAUGAGAUGGGAGUUGAGGUAAUUGAAGAGUUGGGAAAGUUGAUGCAGUUAAGGAGGUUGCGCAUCAAUAAUUUCAGAAGUGAAUACGGAAGGAUUUUGGGAGGGUGUAUUGAGAAGAUGAACCACCUGGAAUCUUUGGAUGUAAAUGCAACGAGUGAAGAUGAUGUGAUCGACUUGGAAAGCAUGUCAUCGCCACCUCAAUUUCUCCAACGUCUUUACUUAAGUGGUCGUUUAAUGAAGUUGCCAGAAUGGAUCAAGAAGCUUCAAAAUCUGACAGCAAUAUUCUUUAAUUGGUCAAAAUUAGAAGAUGAUUCGAUUCAGAAUUUGAAAAAUCUGCCAAAUCUAUUGGUAUUCUGGAUACAGCGUGAUGCAUAUGUUGGUGAUGAAUUGCAGUUUGAGAAGGGGAUGUUUACAAAACUGAAGGAGCUCGACCUCACGUAUUUAAGUGGACUGGAAAGGGUGGAAAUAGAGGAAGGAUCACUUGUGAAUCUUGAAAGCCUCGAAAUUGGACCUAGUCCACAAUUGAAGGAAGUCCCCUCCGGUAUCCAACAUUUGAAAAACCUUCAAUAUCUUUGCUUUUAUGAUACGUCCAUGAAGUUCAUGAAGAGUAUGCUUCCAGGAGGACAACACUAUAAGAUCGUUCAACAUGUCCCUCGUGUUCGCAUCAGUUAUACGCGCGAUGGAGGAAAAUAUGAAACUUUCCGUUUGUUUUGA